AUGUAUAUAUUAACAUUGCUUGAAAUCAUUCUAGUUACUAUAUAUUGUGCCAAAUUAAUUAACAAUAUUUGCUGCAAAGAUGUUAACUUUAUUGUAAAAGUUACAUGUCUGAUUUCUUGGUUAACGAAUUUCAUUUUACUUAUUUUGUUACCAUUAGAUAUUUAUAUAACAUUUAGAGAUCAAGAAACAUAUAGUAAUUAGAAUGGUUUAGAAGUUCAUUCCAGAGAAUAUGAAGCAAUAGCAAAUGUAAUAUUUCAUAUCAAUAAAGAUAUAUUAAAUAUUGUAUUGGACUAAUUUCAUACUUUGCUGGACAAUUAUUCCAAUAAUGUAGGAAUAUGAAGAAGCUAUAGAUCUUAAUCAAACUUCAAAGUUUAUGAGAUCAUUGAUUAAUAAUGGCAAAUUUUUUUUAGUAAUUGGAAUUGCUGGCAUAAUAUUUGUUGUCAUACUUUUGAUUACAGGAUAAGCAUCAGAUUAUGGAUUGGCUAAGUUGCUUAAAAGUAUGGCUAAUUCUUUUGGUGUAGCUUUGAUUAUAGUAUUGUUGGGGUAAUUAUAACAUAUUGUAUAAAUAAGAUAUUCUCUCAUUGCAGUUCCAAGAGCUCAUGUGAGAACUUCCACUUUGGAUGUUCAAAUGAGAUAUUUGUAUUUUAAAACAGCUAAAAUAACAGAGGAAAAAGAUGAAGCUUAACAUGAAUUAUAAGAAAAAGCUAAGCGAGUAGUUGGUAUAAGAAAUUAAGAGAAAUUUUAAUAAUAAUCAUCAAAAAAAUAUUUAUAGAAAAGUAUUCAAGCAAUUCCUAAAUCUAUGUAUAAGGAUUUAUUAGAAGAGGAUAUCAAAUCUAAGGCUCCAGGAAUUUCUUAUUUAUAAAGAAUGUUCUAUAAGGAAUAACCUGAAGCUACUGAUGAAGAAAUGGUUGAAAUAUACAGAGAUAUUAGAUAAAAAGCAAGAACAUUUAGAAGAUUAAGAGCAGCUUGGAAGGAGAAUUGUAAGAAAGCAUAUGCCUUAGAAAAUGUUAUAAAUUCAAUAGAAAAUCCUGAUAAAAAAAUUCAUUAUGAUUUAAAAUCUAAUAAAAAAGAGGGAUCUUGUUCUUAAUAAUUAGAUACUUUAGAAUGGUAUUGGUUAUGUUAUUACAAACCUUAAUUCAAAAUACUUUUUUCAAUAGCUUUGGGUAUUUUAUCAUUGUUAGUAAUUGUAUCAGAAACUACUUUAUUUAUGAAUACUCCUUUUACUAUUUUUGGAAUGCCUAUUUCAGUAUAAUCUGGAGUGAUAACCUUAUAAAUAUUUUGUUUUGUUCCUUUGUUUUAUAUAGCAUUUUGUGUUUAUUAUGGAAUGUUUAGAAUUAAGAUAGCAGGAUGUUAUGGAUUAUAUGAUGAUCAUUAAACUGAUGCACCAAGUUUGUUAUUUGCAACAAUAAAUUUCAGUAGAGUAGCAGCUCCUUUAUGCUAAAACUUUCUGAAUAUGUUAAGAGUUAAAUAAAGAUUGAAUUGUGAGCCAGCAUUUAAAUUUGCUAUGGGAGAAGUAAUUAUUUUAUAUUAUAUAAAAUAAGAUGGAAUUUGUACCAAUUUUUGGAGUAAAUGUUAUUUAAUUGAUGCCUGCUUUAUUACUCUUUUUGUGUUUCAUUAAUUAUUUUGAUUUAUAUGAUAGAUUUAUGAAUUUUCUUGGAUUAAAAGAAUUUAUGUUUACUGAAACAUUCUCUGAUAGACUUAUAUUUAGAGGUAGAGAUACUUUGAAAGAUAAGAAGGCUUAUUUUAUAUAGAAAAAAAUGAAAAAAUAAAAGGAUAAACAGAAAGAAGGUGAUAUUGAAUUACUUAAUAUUCAAAAUGAUUGUUAUUGA